CUACAGUCGGCUUCAGCCCGCGCUCAUGCUGCUCCUCAGGUGUGAGUGCAUCUGAACAGGGAAACUCGACACAUCUCAUUCAAAACAGCCUGUUUCGAUCUUGAACUUCUCUUUGAGGCCUCUGGGGUGAUCUCUGUUCACGCAGACUGCUACACUUCUGCUGCAUCUGGUAGCUCAGUGCGACCUCCUGUACCUGAGGAAACACACUAGGCCGGGCAAGCACAGGAGGAGCGGCCAGAAAGAGGUGGAGCAUGAACUUUGACGAAAUCCUUGCUCAGAUCGGAGGCUUUGGGAAGUUCCAGAAGAUCCUGUACGUAUGGAUUUGUCUGCCCCAGAUCCUGCUGGCCUUCCACAUGCUGGUGUCGGUCUUCACAGGGGCUGUGCCCCCGCAUCUCUGUCGCUCCGAGUGGCCCUCCAGCCACGCUGCUUUGAGCUCCAACUUCAGUCUGGUGGCCGACCCUGGUGCUGACCUGGCCUGCUCGGCCCCUGGUCCAGACCGUGGCUCCCCACUUCUCCAGCUGAACGCCAGCGAUGCCUUGGCUCUCAUCAACAGCCAUGCCUCCGCAGGCUGCCAGGGGGGAUGGGAGUUCAGCAAGGAGAUUUUCCACAGUACCGUGGCAACCGAGUGGGAUCUGGUGUGUGACAAUGCCAAUCUGAACAACAUUGGUGCCUCUAUCUACAUGUUUGGUCUUCUGAUAGGGGCUGUGGUGUUUGGUGCCCUGGCAGACAAGUAUGGUCGCAGGCCCAUCAUUUUGGUUGGCUUGGCGAUUCAGACGACCUUCGGGGUCGGAGCAGCUUUCGCGCCAAAUUUCUACAUCUACGUCAUCCUGCGCUUUGUGGUUGGGACCACUAUUUCAGCUGUCAUCAUGAACGCGUUUGUUUUAGGCACAGAGUGGACAGGAUCCAAGCAUCGGAUGCUGGCCGGUGUCAUCACAGAUUACUUCUUUGGGUUUGGUUACAUCAUCCUGGCAGGACUGGCCUACCUCAUACGAGACUGGCGCAAACUCCAGCUGGCCAUCUCCGCACCCGGCUUCCUGUUCAUCUUCUACAUCUGGGUGUUGCCAAAGUCGGCCCGUUGGUUAAUGGCCAAUGACAAGAAUGAGGAAGCCAUGGACCUGAUCCGCAAGGCGGCCCUAAUGAAUGGAAAACCCCUGCAGGAUGAUGUGGAGAUAAGUCAGGGAUACAAAGACAAGCUGAAGCUGGAGGAGAAGAAGAAACACACAGUGGUUGACUUAGUCCGCACUCCUAAAAUGAGGAGACAUUCAUUGAUCAUUUUCUACCUGUGGUUUGUCAACGUGAUGGUGUAUUACGGUCUGUCUCUCAACAUCUCUGACUUUGGAAUGAACAUCUACCUUACCCAGCUCAUCUUCGGUCUGGUGGAGAUGCCCGCCCGCACCAUCACUCUCUUCACCCUCAACCGCUCCCGCAAGAUAUCCCAGCUGGCCUUUCUGGCAGUUGGGGGCGUCGCUUGCCUGCUGACCAUUUUCAUCCCUGAUGAACUUUCCAUCAUCAGAACAGUCCUGGCUAUGGUCGGCAAGUUUGGAAUCACCGCGUCCCUGUCCAUAGUUUACAUCUAUUCUGCUGAGGUGUUUCCAACGGUCAUCAGGCAGAAUGGGAUCGGGAUGGGCUCCAUGUGUGCGCGGGCCGGAGGAGUCCUAGCCCCCGUCAUUUACCUCCUGAGGAGCUUCAGUAAGAGCGCACCCAUGAUGCUCUUUGGCCUGCUCACCCUGCUGGGCGCUGGGCUGACCCUGCUACUGCCUGAGACGGCCAAUAAGCAUCUGCCUGACACCAUUGAAGACGUGGAAGGAGCCAAUCCGAGUGAGGAGGAGGGCAGUUCAGAGCCUCUCAGGUAUGAGCCCUGUUCCAAGAACCCUGACAUCAUAGCCUGAGGGGCCCUAAAGGCCUCACCCAGGUGCACGCCUGCACUGACCCAGGUGCAUGCCUGCACUGACCCAGGUGCAUGCCUGCACUGACCCAGGUGCAUGCCUACACUGACCCAGGUGCAUGCCUGCACUGACCCAGGUGCAUGCCUGCACUGACCCAGGUGCAUGCCUGCACUGACCCACCCACCUGGGGCUCUGUCUACUUCCAGCCCUCCUGCUGUUGUACUCCACACCUGUUUCAAGGAACCAGGCUACAUGUGUGGUGAGCCUCAAUGACUUUUCCCAACGAUGUUCAUUUUUAAACUGCCCCUCAGAGCACUCGAACAAAAGCAGUUUUCGUACCAGAAUUACAAAGACAUUUUUCAUAUACUGUUUUUUUUUCAAAUAUUUUUUAAAUAUUUUUUUCAUGGAAUAUUUAUUCAGGUGUUUGUGGUAUUUUUUCACGUUUUUAUAUGAAAAAGAAAAAGUGUACUUUAAACACGUAUUACUCAGUUAUGAUCAGGGCUGUAAAUAUUUUGUUGCUCUAUUUUAUGGGCUCAACAUUCUUACUUUCUUUCUUUUUUCUGCGAUCCUUUUACUGGUAAGAAUUACCCUCCGGUCUUUUUCACACCAACAGCAACAGAGUUCCUUCACAUCUAUCUUAUCGCUCUAGACGCCCCCCCCCCCAGACCAUCCGGUUAGACAGGCUCACCUUGAGAUGAUAAACGCCUGGAAAGCCCUCAGUGUAAGCCUGCUGGGUUGCCUGUUAGAUCCUGGCUGCCAGACUGGAACCAAGGCACAGAUAAACGAUGCAGACCAUACUCACCCUUGGCACAUACUCACAUGCUGACGUCAACGAUAUCAUUAAGGUGAAGUUAUCUUAACAGUGUUACCUUCAGACCAAAAAACCUCUAGUGCGAUCUGUUCAACUUACACAGAUAAGUACCGUGCACAGAUGAAAGUGUAUGAGUCAACACACUAACACAAAUGAAGGAGAGACAGAAACUUUGGUUGUUUGCCUGUGUCUUUCACAGCGUGUGGGGAUGAUUAUUACAGGAAUGUUGCGACAUCCUCCCCUGACACUUUUUGUGACACUAUUUCUCCAAACAGUAUAUUAUUUGACAAGCAUGUCCUACUACUGUUGUCUUUGUACAGCUUAGGAGCUGAAAGGGUUAGAGUCAGGGUUAGGCUAACACUAACUCUGAAAGCUGCUGUCAGUGUAUCGGGGUCUAACUGUAUACUGCCACCCUGUGGCAAAAGUAUAAAGUGUAUAGUAUAAAGUGGUACUACUCUUUUUUUUUUUUUUACAGCUGAUGAGAAAAGUACUGAAUGACAGCUAUGGUCACAUUAGUUUCAUGUUACAUUAAAUUAUAUUUACAGCACAUUUGUUUUUUAUGUAUGGUUUUGAGUGCAAUCAGUUUUUUUUAUGAAUUCAUACAGAUUUAACAUACUAUUUUGACAAUCUCCCAGUCAAUGACUAGGAGAUUGUAUCUAUGCUGUGAGAAUAAAUGUAUCAAACUUAACCAUGUAAUAAACUUUU